AUGACAUCGACAAAUUCAACCAACCAGCAUCCUGCUGCGUCCUCGGAUAUGCCAUCGCAAUCCGCUUCUAAUACAAACAUUGAUGCAAAUAAUACUUACACUCCAAAUGAGAACCAGCUAGCGGACCUAGUGGAGGCUGCGACCGCUGCAGCAGACCCGCAAUGGGGAGCGCAUACACAGCUGGAGAACUACGACACCAACAUGCAACUUGGCGAUGAUGGAUUUGGUGAUAAUUUUGCGUCUGGAAUGGGAGUCGGAAGACAUCUGAGAGUUUCAAAUGAUCAUUCUCAGGGCUCGUUAUUGUCUCGCACUGCUUCUAAGAAGCGGAAGCGCAAUAAUGACAACCUUGACCCUGCGCUGACUGCCAGCUUCACAGAGACACAACAGCCUCAACCACAGUCGCCUCGUUAUUACACUUCACAACCUCCUCAUCCUAGUUCAUUACAAUCAUUGUCAGAUGCCCGCGCCGUUGGAGUUCAUUCUGCUGCUGCGCUUUUCCGCCAGCCUUCGAGCAACAAGAAAUACACCAGACCUCCCAUGUCGAAGCUGUUUGCAUCGCUUGAACUAUCACCUGAAAACUUUCUGCAUCUCCAAUCUGCGGCCAAGGCAUAUAUGUUGCAUAAGGAUUAUCCUGACCGUCGGGACUGUGUCGGCCAGAGAGGAAAAGGAGAUACGGAGAUGGUAAAGCUACGACUUUGGAAUUGUGUUCGUCACUUCCUCGAAAACGAAGGCAAUGGCGAGCGAUUCUUUGGAGAGAACGUUGUCAACGAAAAUAUGGACCCUCGCACACACAUUUGGCCCCGCGACACGCAGAAGAUCAUUUCUUUGGUUAUUCCUCUCUUGAGACGAAUGGUUACCAAUGAACGUCAGCGCCAGUAUGCAGUGGAGUCCCGCAGAGGCGGAAAUGGUUCAGACCGCCGCAAAACAAAUGAAGGCUUUCACGAUUCACAUGGUGCGGCACUUUCACCAGAUCAUCACCUCCAAAUGAAUGACCAGGAUCAUCGUGCAGAAAAUCUGGCGCCACCACCUCUGGUUCAGGAAUCUCAAGCGGGCAUGGAUUCAAACCCGGCUAUAGAUAUUGGUCUGACAGACUUGUUUGUGGAUGGGUACUCACUGGACUGGGCUGCAAUAUCCAGCAACUAUGAUAUGUAUAACGAACACUACGAACUGGAUAAUCUGGGAUCCCUUUCUGGUCUCAACCAACCAGACUGGCGUGGCAUUGUUGCAGCAGUUGAUAGUCACUAUGCCGUGGUUCACAAUGGUGGCUAUGAUUGUGUUUCUGAAUGCGAAGACUGCAACGUGAAUCGCAUUGUUCACUCAAAUUCUAUCUCGGAUUUGCCAUGGCGCAUUAGCGGAGGAGGUCGCAACGAUUUCGCAAGCAGUAUCACUCGUGAUGUCUCACGCAUUAUUCGUGAGAACAUCGCCGCUAAACAAAAUCACGAAAUCACGCCCUCGCAACCUAAUGUCCCACUCCCCGCUCUGCCCACUCAAACUAGCCCCGACCAGCAAGUGAGCACCGCGUCUUCUGCAAUCUCCAGCAUGGAGAUCCUUCUUCGAAUUAAUAUUCUCCAGCAUGGAAAGCGGCUUUUUCCCCGAGUGGACAUUCCGACUACCCUCAGUCAAGACCUCAGUACAGUCAAGAAAGGCAUUAUGCGCACUUACCCCGGCCAAAUACCCGGCUGUAGUAUAUUGCAAGACACUGACUCUAUUCUGUCUGCCGCUGUUGCUACACCUGCUUGGAAGAUCAGUGCCUGGUUACCGGACGGUCUUCUGCCCAUUCGCACUGACAAGGAUUGGUCAUUCGCUCUUGUCCAAGCUACUGCAAUGGAUUGGAUGGACGGUGGCCUCACAGUUCUGGUGGAGGUUAGCGCUCCCAACACCCAGUAG